CCCACACUGCUCCGGGGCCAGGGGCAAUGUGUUCAGCACUGCCAGAGGUGAGAUUAACUGCUUGCAGUGUCAUCCAUCAGUGCCCAGAAGUGUCACCCAUCAGUGCCCAGCAGUGUCGCCUGUCAGUGCUGCCCAGCAGUGCCACCUGUCAGUGCUGCCCAGCAGUACCACCUGUCAGUGCCCAGCAGUGUCGCCCAUCAAUGCUGCCCAUCAGUGCCACCCAUCGAUGAUGCCCAGCAGUGCUGCCGAUCAGUGCCGUCUGUCAGUGCCUCCAUUUGGUGCUAUCAGUCAGUGCC